GUCAAUCAAUUCAGUACAGACAGUGGGAGUGGGACUCUGAAAGAGAUGAGUUAUAGAAAUUAAACAAGGUUUAUCCUAAUUUUGAGCCAUGACAAGUAGAAGUACGAAUUAUAAAAAUUCACGAAUGAAUUACAAUUUUCAAAAUGAAUCUUUUGAAAGCAAAGCUAAUAAACCUACCCGAGAAGCCUCAUCUAUUUUGGAAGUUCUCGUUUUAAUGAUAGUGCACAUUUGCAAGAAGGUACUGUUCUUCGACACCAAUUUAAAAAUAGCAGUUUAUUUAGGAGCUCUUUUUUUGAUUUCGCUUAUGGCGGACAGUCUAACGUUUCCGAAAACAUAUUUCUCAAGGAGUGAUAAUAUAUUCAACCAAUAUUUCGUUAAAAUUGGAUGGUUUUGGACAUUAUUUAUGACGGUGCCCUACGUUCUGUUGACAUCCUACACCACUUGUUGUGGAAAUAGAAAACUCAUAGCUACAGCACACUUGUCGAGAUUGGCGAUUGCUACAUUUUUUUGGUACACAUGGACAAUGAUCUUUAAUGUUAUUGAGACCAAAUAUGGACGUUGCAAUAUGAAGAAUGUAGACAACAAAGUAAUGUGUUUAAAAAACGGGGGCUUUUGGAAUGGAUUUGACAUAUCUGGUCAUUGUUUCAUUCUUAUAUAUUCAAGUUUAGUAAUGAUAGAAGAGGCAAGAGCCAUAAAUGGAUGGGAAAGAAUAAAAGAUUACAUCAGGGAUGAGAAACAUGCACGAAGCAUAGAUGAUAAAUCUGUAAGCUUGAACCCUCUAAGGAAAAUUUCAGCUGAGGAAUUAGAGGUUGUAAAAACCUCUUAUGAAAAAUGGACACCCUAUGUGAGAGGAUUUUUGAUUGCAACAACUCUGCUUCAUAUACUGUGGGAUGUGAUGCUUGUAUCUACAAUUCUUUAUUAUCACAUAAUGGUGGAGAAAUUCAUCAGUGGUGUAAUAGCUAUAUUUACAUGGUUUGUGACCUAUAGAGUCUGGUAUACAAUACCAAAUGUUCUUCCUAAUUUACCUGGAGAUGGCACAUUCAAGUAUAACAAAACAAAAUUGACAUCAACUCCUACCUUCAGAAAAAGAAGCACUACAAAUGGUAAACAUUUUAUGGGAAUGCCUAUCAAUCGUCAGGAUGCUACAGAGGCUGCAACAGAGGAAAAAAGAUAAUCUAAGUAGUUGAGAAGUUUUCUGAAAACAUAUAAUACUGCAACAACAAUGCCAAGUGAUGCCGCUCCAGCAGCACCAACAUAUGCCGGUGGUUGGGAAGUAAUGAUCAUCUUUAUAUGGUAUGGUAAAGUUGGCACAGUCUUCUUAAACGAUUC